CCCGCCCGAACCAAUCGGCCGUCACGGUGUACAAAGUUUUGCAAGCAGACACAGCAUGGAAUGCCAGUUGCUCACUUUUGGCCCGCUAAUUCGUUUGUCUAUUCACCGCAUUUCUUCAAGCCUUUGAGUAAUGCAUCAUAAGCGCACAACUGAAGCCCCCAUGGAGUUCGAAUAUGAACAUCCACCGGUGUUUGCGUACAGCGUAUUCAGUGGCUCUGCCAAAUGUGACGAUGAUCAUCCUUACUUACGCAAAGAUGAACUGGCACCCAAGAGCAACUCGUUCAGUUUCUUUUUACCCAAAUCCUAUCUAUCCACUGAGGACCAUACCUCGUUUCGUAAAUCAUAUUCAGUCUUUGACGAUUUGAGCCGCAUCACCUUGGAAGAUAACGAUCAAGAAAUCACAAACGACAGCAACCAGGUGGAUCAUAAUCAAAGUUCAAAUCAAGAUACCAUAGCCCCAGAAUCAAGUUUAUCCCAUGAAACUUCUGUCAUGGAGCCGGAAACGGAAUCGCUUGACGUACAGACGGAUUUAUUGCCAGUCGUUCCAUAUCAACAACCUUGCCAACAACCUUGCCAACAACCAGCACGAUCGGUCAGCGACGAUCGUAGCCCCUUCUCGCCACCACAGUUAUCGUUAUCCACACAAUCAGGAUCACCUCCCAAUGUCUCGCCGCAAUCACCUUACCCUUCCCCUCCCUUUAUUCACGUUAAACACGACCCUGUUGCGCAUCACCGUGGCUUGAUAUACUACUUGUCAGGUCUUUUUCGCAUGGGAAUCAACCUCGUCUUGUUCCUUUUCGCUCUCUACCUCGCCAUUCAGUUUGCAUCAGCAUUGAAACGAGAUGUUAUCCGAAAACUGGAGAUUUAUGAAUCAGAUAUGCUCGAUGAGACAAUUCACUGCAAUAAACUUUAUGCAGCUAAUAUGUGCGAUCCCUCAACGCGACGACCGCAUAUGGAAGAUCAGUGCAAAACAUGGGAACAAUGUAUCCAUCGGCCCAUGUGGAUUGGAAGAACCAAAGUUCUAGCAGAGACCUUUGCUGAAAUUCUCAACAGUUUUGUGGAUGAAAUAUCGAUCAAGACCAUAAUUGUCUGCUUUUCAGUCUUCUUUGCAUUUAUGUGGUCUUCAGCAAUGCGGCCAAAAGAAACGCAUAAGCAACCGUUGCGGAUUGGCAAUCAUUAUGAUUCAUAACGUCAUUCUCGGCAACAGAACCUUGCCAUCGUUUUCUCCUCGUUCGCCAUCCCUGGCAGUCAAACGAACAAACCGCCCCCCCCCCUUCUUUUUUAUUCUUUUUUCACAGAUAUUCCUACUGCAUCCCUUUCAUCAUUUACCAUAUUCUUUAUACAUCUACAUUUGUCCACUUUCUAAUUCAUAUCAGAACAUACAUAUAUUACUGUUUUUUUUUUCAAAACCGUUCCAUUCAUG